AUGUGGAAACAGGUUCUCCUCGCUGCCAGCGCAGCUGCUACAACCGAGCCUAUCCAGAUUGAGUCUGUUACUCUGAAUGCCAAUUCCGCUCCCGGACAGUCCUUCAUCAGCUACUCUAUUGAGCUGUCUUCAUUCCCCGAUUUUGCCGGCAACAAAUCCAGCCCAAACACCUUCACCGACAACCUCCUCACCAACCUUGGCCACAUCCUCGGCAGCAAGCCCUACAUCCGCGUCGGCGGCAACACCCAAGACUACGCGCUCUACAAUGCCUCACUGAAGACGCAAAUCAACGGCACCUACGACCCGCAGCGCUCCAACGACUACCCAACCACCAUCUACCUCGGCCCGUCCUUUUUCGAGUCCUACCAGACCCUUCCUGGCGUCAAGUUCUCGCACGGCUUCAACAUUGCCAAGGGCGCAGUCUCGGUGGAGGGCUGGCAAGCACUCGUCGACACGGCGCCGCUGGCGUGCAAGGCGCUCGGUCGCGAGCGCUUCUACGGGUACGAGUACGGCAACGAGCCCAACAACUUCAACCUCGGCGGCAAGUACGCGCCGCGCUCGACAAGCUGGGGCCCCAAGGACUAUGUGAGGGAGUGGCUGAAUGGCACGGCCGAGAUUCGGAGGCAGAUGCGCAAGCACUGCCCGGACUUGGAGCCUGAAUAUCUGGAGUUUAUGGCGCCGUCGUACGACGAUCGCGUCGAGUCGCUCAAGGCGGUGGACGUCUGGAACCUGAGCCUGGACAAGAACAAUGACAUCAACACCUACUCGGUGCACAACUACAUUGACGGCGCCACGUCGCCGGGCGUGACUCUGCAGCACACGCUCAUGAACCACACCCGCACCACGCGCGACGUGGAUGAGCAGGUCCAGCAGUACAGGAAGAUCAUGGCCACGGGCAAGGGCAAGGCGCCGCUCAUCUUUGGCGAGACCAACUCGUUGUACUUUCAGGGCAAGCCCGGCCUGUCCAACUCGUUUGGCGCCGCGCUCUGGGGUCUCGACUUUAACCUGUACUCUGCCUCGGCCGGCUACCAGCGCGUGCACAUGCAUCAAGGCACCAACUACCGAUACCAAAGCUGGCAGCCCAUCGACACCGAGAAGACCGCCAAGGGCACCAAGGCGCCUUACUAUGGAAAUAUCGCCGCCGCCAGCGCCUUGGGCAACCUCGUGCACAGGAACGUGACCGUCGCCUCGCUGCCUCUUGCUUCGGACACGGAGGCGGCUUAUGCCAUAUACGAGGGCGGCCGCCUGCGCCGCCUCCUGGCCAUCAACAUGCACGGCUACAACACCACUGUUGACGGCGCGGGCGUCGACCCGCUGCCCAAGCCGCCGCCACGCUCCAGCCGUUCCUACUCGUUCCGCAUCGGCGGCAGUGGUGGCGACGUCGGUGUGCAGCGGCUCAUGGCCAACGGCAGCGAUGCGAUCACGGGUAUCACUUUUGAUGGUUGGAGCUACAACUAUGAGCUAGACAAUGGCAAGCCGGUGCGGCAGCGCAACGUGACGACGGGCGAGAGGCUGAGGGUUAGUGGAGGGGUGGUGACGGUGCAGGUCCCGGAUUCUUCGGCGGCGCUGCUGAAUAUCGGACACUGA